AUGUGGAGCAGCAUCAGUGCGCUCGGUCGAGCAGGGCAGAAGGGCCUCAGGGGGCCCGGCAAUUUUCGGGCCCGGCAGUUUAGUGAAGGGCCUCAAGUGGAAUCCGACAACCGUGGUAUCUCCACCAACGUCGCCGUGCUGGUGCCCUUGGCGCUGACGGCCUUCAUCGUGCUGAAAGACGCGCUGCCCGAGACGCCCAAGAAAGUGGAAAAGGAUGAGGUGGAAGAGAGAUUGAAGCAAGAACUUCAGAACACCUCCUUCAAAGAAUGGAAAGCUGCUGGUUUUGAGCCAGAGAAACGCCAAUAG